UCUUCCUCCCACGCACGCGGCUCACCUCUCCUCCCUCCCACCGGGCGGCGGCGGACGAAACGAAACCGAUCCUCAGCAAAAAUGACGACUGGCUACAUUGUCGGCUCACUGGUCGGAUCCUUUGCCAUUGCGUAUCUGUGUGACACAUUUGUUUCCGACAAGAAGGCGUUUGGAGGUAGCAUCCCUAAGACUGUUUCUGAAAAGGAGUGGUGGCAAGCAACGGACACCAAGUUCCAGGCUUGGCCUCGCACCGCUGGACCACCGGUCAUCAUGAACCCUAUCAGCCGCCAGAACUUCAUCGUCAAGUCAACUGAGUAGGCGAGAGAAGCUGGUUCAGUGAUUUGUUUCCACCAUGAAGCCAAAGUUUCUUUUCUAGGUCCUAAAUGGAAUAAAAUGAACUACAGUAAGGACAUUUGGCGAUUUUCACUUUAACUGUGAGCAAACAUUGGGGCUUGCAGCUUAUUACCUGUCAUUCAAUGGAAUUCUGUUCCUUGGUGAAAUUUUCUACCAGGCAGUAAAGAAUUGCAUUCUUUUCCGUAUCACCAUAUGGUGUUCUGUUGCUAUACAGGUUACUUGCCUUUGGAUGAAUUCUGUAGGUGAAAUUCUCCAGCAAGCAGUAAAGAAUUAUGUUGUUUUCUUAUGUCA